AAGUUAAGAAAAAAAAAAAAAUUUACGCGAUAAAAAUUAUCAAGAAGAUUAAAUCGCGCGACCGAUUUCGUCUUUAUCAUUGUGGAACGUAGACAUUUGUAGGACACCCGGUAUACUUCGUUAUAUACGCGUCAUACAGCGGGGCCGACGUGACUUGUGCAGUGACAAUCAUGGCUGGGGUAAAUCCUUAUAAGCAUCUGCUAAAGUCCAUUAAAGUCGGGCAAAAAGAGUGUCAAUAUUAUGAUAUUGGCAAUUUUGGCACAAAAUAUGAUAGACUACCAUUUUCCAUCCGAGUUCUCUUGGAAAGUGCUGUACGUAAUUGUGAUGGUUUUCAAGUAACAAAAGGAGAUGUUGAGAAAAUUUUGGAUUGGGAAGAUAAUCAAGCUGUUCAAGAUGGAGUUGAAGUGGCUUUUAAGCCAGCGAGAGUCAUAUUACAAGACUUCACUGGAGUACCAGCAGUUGUGGAUUUUGCUGCGAUGAGAGAUGCUGUGAAGAGACUUGGUGGUAAUCCUGAUAAGAUUAAUCCAAUCUGUCCAUCGGAUCUUGUAAUUGAUCAUUCUAUACAAGUCGAUUUUAUAAGGAGUUCUGAUGCCAUAAAAAAGAAUGAAGAAAUUGAAUUUGAAAGAAACAAGGAACGCUUUAUGUUUCUGAAAUGGGGUGCAAAAGCAUUUGAAAAUAUGUUAAUUGUACCCCCUGGAAGUGGCAUCGUGCAUCAAGUGAAUUUGGAGUAUCUGGCAAGAGUAGUAUUUGAUUUCAACAAUCUUCUAUAUCCUGACAGCGUAGUUGGUACUGAUUCUCACACUACAAUGGUCAAUGGUCUUGGUGUGCUUGGAUGGGGAGUUGGUGGGAUUGAAGCAGAAGCUGUUAUGCUUGGUCAAGCGAUUUCUAUGUUAAUACCAAAAGUUGUAGGCUAUAAAUUGGAAGGUGCAUUGAAUCAAUAUGCUACAUCUACUGAUCUUGUUCUUACAAUCACAAAAAACCUGCGGCAAGUUGGAGUGGUUGGAAAAUUUGUUGAAUUCUUUGGAUCAGGAGUGACGCAAUUAAGUAUCGCGGAUCGUGCUACUAUAUCCAAUAUGUGUCCAGAAUAUGGCGCAACAGUAGGUUUUUUUGCAGUAGAUGGACAAAGUUUGGCAUAUCUCAAACAAACAGGUCGAUCCAAAGAACAUAUUGAUAGAAUUGAGAAGUAUCUUAGAAGCGUACGUAUGCUGAGGAAUUACGACGACGCGAGUCAGGAUCCAAUUUUCUCCGAAGUGGUCACUUUGGAUUUGAGCACUGUAGUUUCAAGCGUCAGCGGACCUAAAAGACCGCACGAUAGAGUUUCAGUGUCCGACAUGCAAAUAGAUUUCAGAAAUUGCCUCGUAAACAAGGUAGGUUUUAAGGGCUACGGUUUAACCCCGGCGAAAGUGGAUACUGUAGGAAAAUUUCAAUACGAGGGAAAAGAUUACGAGUUGAAACACGGUUCGGUGGUCAUCGCAGCGAUUACCAGCUGUACGAAUACUAGCAACCCAAGUGUUAUGCUUGGAGCAGGUCUUCUUGCUAAAAAGGCAGUAGAAGCUGGUUUAAAUGUUGAACCAUAUAUAAAAACAUCAUUAUCCCCUGGCUCUGGAGUCGUGACUUAUUAUCUCGAAGAAAGUGGAGUAAUCCCAUAUCUGACAAAGUUGGGAUUCGAUAUUGUGGGUUAUGGGUGUAUGACAUGUAUUGGAAACAGCGGUCCGCUCCCUGAUGCUAUAGUCGAAAUUAUUGAAAAAAAUGAACUAGUCUGCUGUGGAGUUCUAUCAGGUAACAGAAACUUUGAAGGCAGAGUUCAUCCAAACACUCGAGCGAAUUAUCUAGCAUCUCCGCUUUUGGUAAUAGCAUAUGCUAUCGCCGGCACUGUAGAUUUCGAUUUUGAAAAACAGCCAUUAGGCCAUAAGUCCAAUGGCACUCCGAUAUAUUUGCGAGAUAUAUGGCCAACUAGGACGGAAAUUCAAGCUGUAGAACAGCAAUAUGUCAUUCCAGCUAUGUUCAAAGAAGUUUAUAGUAAAAUUGAACACGGUAGCAGCAAUUGGGCGAAUUUGGUAGCGCCGAGUGGCAAAUUGUACCCAUGGGAUGUUAAUUCAACGUAUAUUAAAAACCCGCCUUAUUUCGAUAACUUGCAGAAGGAGCUGCCUUUAAUAAAAUCGAUUACGAGAGCACGAGUGCUCGUGAAUCUUGGAGAUUCCGUUACAACUGAUCAUAUUAGCCCGGCGGGUAGUAUCGCGCGUAAUUCACCAGCAGCGAGAUAUCUAGCGAAUCGUGGCUUGACGCCGAAAGAUUUCAAUUCUUAUGGCUCGCGCAGAGGAAACGAUGCCGUGAUGGCGCGAGGCACAUUCGCUAAUAUUCGGCUAGUAAACAAAUUCAUUGGUCAAGCAGGACCACGAACGAUUUACAUUCCAACUAAUGAAGAGAUGGACGUAUUUGACGCAGCUGAGAGAUACGGAAAAGAUGGGACAACUUUGAUUGCUCUAGUCGGUAAGGAAUACGGAUCCGGAUCUUCCAGAGAUUGGGCCGCUAAAGGACCGUAUCUACUUGGUAUUCGAGCAGUCAUAGCUGAAUCGUAUGAAAGAAUACACAGGUCCAAUCUUGUGGGUAUGGGCAUUGUUCCACUACAGUAUCUUCCUGGAGAAAAUGCAGAAUCCUUAGGUUUAACAGGCUAUGAACAAUACGACAUCGCAAUUUCCGAGAAUUGUCAACCCGGAGAAAAGAUUACUGUGAGCACUGACGACGGCAAAAAGUUCGAAGUGAUUGCACGAUUUGAUACAGAAGUUGAUUUGACUUACUACAAACACGGCGGCAUUCUCAAUUACAUGAUUAGAACAAUGCUUUGAUGAGAUUUUUAAAAGAGAACAUAAAUGUCUUUUUUGGAAGAUAACUUAAUAAGAGAUACUUAAAAUAUUGGUUUUUGGGAUAUAAAAUAUAUCUCUUUUAAGGAAGAUUGAGAGAUUUCAUAAUGUGAAGGAAAUAGACAUAUAAGUGUACAAUAAUUUAUAGAGAGGCGCUAUUGUAACGAAUGGCUAUUCUUUUUUUCCAUCCAAAACGAUCAACGUAAUUAUUUUUUUACAGCAUGAUAGUUAACGUAUUUAUUUCAUAAAUUGAUCAUGCUAAAUUUUCAUUAAUAUCAAUUAUUGUUUAAUAUUCGGUUUAAUAUUCGAAGUGUCAAAUUUGCUGCGUGAAAAUGAUUACAAUUGUCUUCGAAAAAUCAUUGUAAAUCGCGUUGUUCGAAAAAUGGAUUUAUUUUAUAUAAUAGUUAUACUACACAUAUUACAUGGGGAAAAUUAUUAUCUUCGCUUUUGUGUAUGUAUUACAAUAGUAAUAAAUUGUUGCAAAAUUGUUGCAUUAUAA